AUGAAUGGCCAACUGGAUCUAAGUGGCAAGCUGAUUAUUAAGGCUCAGCUUGGAGAAGACAUUCGCAGGAUUCCAAUCCACAAUGAAGACAUCACCUAUGAUGAGCUGGUCCUGAUGAUGCAGAGAGUAUUUAGGGGAAAGCUCUCUACCAAUGAUGAAGUAACCAUCAAAUAUAAAGAUGAAGAUGGAGACCUCAUCACUAUCUUUUGAUAGUUCUGAUUUAUCAUUUGCCAUACAGUGCAGUCGAAUACUGAAGCUUACAUUAUUUGUUAAUGGACAGCCACGGCCACUCGAGUCCAGUCAAGUAAAGCAUUUACGUCGAGAAUUGAUAGAACUGCGUAACAAAGUCAACCGUCUACUAGAUUGUUUAGAACCGCCUGCAGAACCUGGACUUCCAACCAGCCUGCCAGAUGCAGAAACUGUGGAUGGUCGAGAAGAGAAGCCUGCUGCUCCUGACUCCUCAGUUAAGCCGUCUACACAAGUCAUGGCUGCUAGCAUGUCUGCGUUUGAUCCUCUGAAGAAUCCAGAUGAGAUCAACAAAAAUGUCAUGUCAGCUUUCGGACUGACUGAGGACCAGGUUACUGGACCUCCUAGUGCCCCAGUAGAAGAACGGUCCAGUACUCCGGAUAGUAUUGCUUCUUCCUCCUCAGCUCAUCCACCCGGAGUUCAGCCUCAGCAACAGCCUUACCCAGGAUCUCAGCAGCCAGGCCAAAUUUAUCAGCAAUAUCCUCAACAGCCUGGAUAUCCAACAGCUCAAGGUCAGCCCCAGGCGGCAGCUCAGCCCCAGCAGCAGUAUGGAAUGCAGUAUCCCGGCUACAGUCAGCAAACAACACCACAAGCACCACAGCAGUUUCCCGGUUACAGUCAGCAAGCAGCCCAGGCUCCUGCAUCUGGCUUUCAAGGCCAGGCACAACAGCUACCAUCACAAGCUCCUCAGCAGUACCCUGCUGGCUCCUACCCACCACAGACUUACACUACACAAGCUUCUCAGCCUGCUAACUACAAUGUUCCCCCUGCUUCCCAGCCUGGAAUGGCUCCUAGCCAGCCAGGUAGCUAUCAGCCUAGGCCAGGAUUUACCUCUCCACCUGGUAGUACUGUAACUCCUCCUCCAAGUGGGCCUAAUCCAUAUGCUCGUAACCGCCCUCCAUUUGGUCAGGGCUAUACCCAGCCUGGUCCUGGUUAUCGAUAA